AUGGUCCAACUCGGUGAGCUAUUAAGUAACAUUCCGUUAAUAACUCGAGUGUAUCUUAUUCUUUCUUCAAUUUUGAUGGUUUUAUGUUCUUUUGAUAUAAUAUCACCAUUAAGUUUGUAUUUGAAUUGGAACUUAGUAUUGAACGAACAUCAGUAUUGGAGAUUAAUUACGUGCUUUUUGUACUUUGGGUCUUUUGGACUACACUUUUUUUGGGAUAUCUAUGUAUUAAUAUAUUAUUGCAGUUCCCUUGAAGAUGUGACAUUUCGAAAUAACUCAGCUGACUUUUUGUGGAUGAUAAUAGUAUCAUGUUUCAUGCUAUUGAUGGUUUCAUAUAUAUUCGGAGGAAUAUAUUUCUAUAGCAGUUGUAUUAUAAAUGUGAUUACGUAUGUAUGGAGCAAGAACAAUUCUUCUACAAGAUUGACGAUAUUUUUCUUUACGAUAAAAGCUUCUUAUCUUCCAUGGGUUUUGACAAUCUUAUCUCUUAUCGUGGAUUACAACUCAAAUGAUAAUUUUUUUGGAAUAUUAGUUGGGCACAUUUAUUUCUUUUUUACUAGCGUUUUCCCCCUUAUGCCAAUCGCAAAAAACACUCAAAUUUUUAAGACUCCAUAUCUACUGAAAUGGAUGUUAAGAGAAGAAGGACAUAGGACAGCAUAG